CAGCUGCUUAUCACCAUGAACACCGAUGACCAAUAUUAUCCCCAAGCUCCAAUUUACAAGGAGCCUUGUGCGUUCCAGAGGAACCAGGGACAGGACUAUAACCCAAGCCCCCCAGCAUGCCUUUACAUGGGGAGGCAGCAGCAAGCAGCCUACAACAACCCCUUGGUAGCUCUGGACCCAGGCAGUCCUCCAGACAUCUCGCCGUUUGAAGUGCCCCCCAUAUCUGAGGAGUCCAUUCUUCCUCACCUUCAUCACCAUCACCACCAUCACCACCACCAUCACCCAGGGAUCCCUCAUCCGCAACAGCAAAUGCCAUUCCCAGAAGACACUGAAUCCGGAAACUUAGAGGAAAGGAACAGAACCCUUCUACCUUUCCCAUGGAUGAAAUCCACCAAAUCCCACGCCUGGAAAGGACAGUGGACAGGUGGAUCAUACAUAAUGGAACAAGAGGAGAACAAAAGAACAAGGACAGCCUACACAAGAGCCCAACUGUUGGAGCUAGAGAAGGAAUUCCUCUUCAACAAAUACAUCUCCAGACCAAGGAGAGUAGAGCUGGCAGUCAUGCUGAACCUGACAGAGAGACACAUAAAAAUCUGGUUUCAGAAUCGGAGAAUGAAGUGGAAGAAGGAGGAAGAUAAAAAGAGAGGGAGAGGCAGUGACCCAGAACAAGACUCUGUUGUGUCCUCUGCUGAUGUGGUUAAAGAUGAGCCUCAAUGUCUUGGAAACUCCCAAAAUACAGGGGACUUGGUCCUUUCUUCUCCUCUGUCAAUUUCAUCCCAGUCCAAUCCCAUUCCAACUACUGGAUCACUAAGGCAAGCAGAAAAACGAUAGAGAUAGCUAAGAAAAUGCUGGCCCACUUUAUAUUGUCUCAUAAGUAUUAUGGAGAUCGACUUUUCAUGGACAAAUUAGACAACAAAGUGAAAUACAACUGAUUAUAGAAUGAGCCCUCUUCACCUGCCAAUUAAACAUCAGCAACAACAACAAAAAACUCUCUUUCAUUGUACAAUAGUAAUUACCGUUAUCUUGUUUUAGCCUCAAAUAUGCAGACUCCAAUCUUAGAAAGUACUGAAUGUUCUUUGUUAUGACGUAGUACAGUUUGCUAGCAUAGAAGCAUUAUUUUUAUGAAAUUGCACAUUGUUUGUAAAAUAUUGUAGAGUUCUACCAACAUGUGAUGGGUUAUUAGGGGUAGGGAAAUCAUAUGAUUGUUGGAAAAAAAGAUUUGACGGCUCCAUAAUAAUACGUUUUGAGAUAUACAUGACAAAAUGACUCUAUAAAUGUGUUAGGCCAGAAUAUAUAUAUAUAUAUAUAUACAGUACACAUAGUACAUAUGUGUGCGAAUGUUUGUGUGUGUACAGAAGCCAUGUGACUGAGGAGGUUAAAAAUAUUGUAUGUUAUUUCUGUCUCUUUGAAUUGGGACAUUUUUGCAUUUCCUCAUUUUCCAGUAUUGACUUAAGUAUAUUUUGUAUUUCACUCUCCAUUUUUAUUUAA